UGUAGCUCGAUUGCAAUCACGUUUUUGUGGCUUGGGCAGUCAGUUCGCGGAUUCGGCUGUAACAGUUUUAGGAAUUUGCCAAUGGAAUACACUGGUCCUCGAGCGGUAACAUGAUGGAAUCCGCCCACAUUUAUACCGUGGUUGCUGUUUUGGGAUCAUUUCUCAUUGGUUACAAGUAUGGAAACAGGAUGACCAAAAGCAAACCUGGCAAAAAAUCUGAACCAGAAGAGAAGCCUCCCAAACAAAAUGAAAAUGUCUUCUCCGACUUUGGUGGCGAGUACAAGAUGAUACUGGUGGUACGAAACGAUCUUAAAAUGGGCAAAGGUAAAAUUGCGGCCCAGUGUGGACACGCUGCCGUUGGCGCGUACGAAGGUGCUUCAAAGAAAACCCCUACGAUUCUGCGCAAGUGGCAGCACACCGGACAGGCUAAAAUUGCCGUGAAGGUGGACAGCGAGCAGCAGAUGAUGGAGGUUUACAAGACGGCCAAAGCGAACAAUUUGAACUGCUGUCUGAUUCGGGACGCAGGCCGCACACAGAUUGAACCGAACAGUAAGACGGUUUUGGCGAUUGGGCCCGCCCCGAAUGAGGUGAUCGAUUUGAUCACCGGACAUUUGAAGUUAUUGUAAAAAGCCUGCGGGGAAUGAUUGAUCAGUAGUUCUAAUAAAUUGAACAAUACCGAGAAA